AUGUCGCCCUUAAUCAAAAAACUUCUCUUGUUGUUGUGUUUGUUGACGUUAAUAUCUAUCAACAAUGUUGAAGGAAAGAUACAUGUGAAGAUUGCUAACCUUUUGCAAGACAAAUCAAAUUUAACUGUUCAUUGCAAAUCUAAAGAUGACGAUGUUGGAUCUAAUCUUCUUCAGUAUAGUGACAGUUAUAAUUUUCAAUUUAAUGAAAAUAUCUUUGGAAGCACGCUAUUUUUCUGUUCCUUUGAGUGGAAGGAUCAGUUUCAAUGGUUUGAUAUUUACAUUUCAACGAGGGAUUCUGGUGUGGAAAAACAAAAACCAGUAGAGACUUGGAAGGAGAAAUCUCAGUCGUGUAAUCAGGUUAGAGAAAUAGGUGGGGCGACAAAAGAGUUGAGCACCGUCCCCAAAGCUCUAGAUAUUGAGGUUGUUGAUACAGAUGAAAGCUCUGAAACUGAUUUUUUGGAUGCCACUCAGGUGGAUGAAAUUGUUGAAGAAACUCAAGUGUGGAGUUUCUGUUAA